CUCACGGCCACUUGGACAUUGUGCCGUUCGCGAUUUCCCGUGCCGCCGCCGCCGACUAUGGACCCCGACGACAUCCUUGAUGACAUGUCGCUGUCGUCAGACGAUGAGAUGAUGGACGACAUGAUCAACGAAAUGAAGGCGGAGGCCGCGCCUCCGCCGCAGCCAGUCGCGACACGUCGCCAGCCUCGCGCAGUUGUCCGAUCUGCACCUCCCCCAGCUCCCGCGAUGCCCGACUUGAGUCAAAUGAUGUCCCAAAUGAUGCCCAUGAUGUCGCAAAUGUUCGGCGGGAUGAACGCUCCGCCGUCAAACAACCGCAUCACGCGCGCCAUGGAGGACAUUGUUGCGGAUCACGUUCCCGCCUCAGAAGUUGCUUCGUGGGUCGAAACCAUCCGUCGAGACGAAGCACGACAAAAACAAGCCCCCCGGGUAAACCUCAGUCGCGCAUACCGCCCGACCGUCCCCCCAACACCCACGGCGCAUCUUGAAGCGUCGACGUUGCUCCAAGAACUCCUUCUGCCCGCCGUCCGCGCCGCCAAGUGUGCGCCAUCCCCUCGAUGGGAGAAGGAGCAUCUGACUAUCCACCGCGAGAUUCAGACUAACGGCAUUGGCGACAUGUACGCCAAAGAGUUGCGCGCUCAACUGCGCCACCGCGCGACCCACUCCGCCGACUACAAAGCGACGCCAGAUCGCUUUCCCAACCUCACGUCCAUUGCAUCGUCGUAAUCCAACACGUUCUAUGGCGUUUAGUUUGAUUCGA